CCCUCCCGUAAGGAGGAAAUGAACUGUUGAGCUGCAGUCUGUAUCGUCUCUCUGUCUGUGUUCAUAUACAGUGAAAUGGCAGAAACUAAUAUUUCAGUGGAUCAGGACCAGUUCAACUGUUCAGUGUGUCUGGAUCUGCUGAAGGAACCAGUGACGAUUCCCUGUGGACACAAUUACUGUAAGAAAUGCAUCACGGAUGUCUGGGAUCAGGACGAUCAGAAGGGAAUCUACAGAUGUCCUUUAUGCAAACAGUCCUUCACACCGAGACCUGGUUUAGGUAAAAACAUGGAGAUUGCUGAAAUGGUGGAGAAGCCCAAUAAAACUAAACAUAAAGCUGCUGCUUCUGCUGAUCCCCCUUCUUCUGUUCACACUGGAUCUGGAGAUGUUCGGUGCGACUCCUGCACUGGAAUUAAACAGAAAGCAGUGAAAUCCUGUCGGGAGUGUCGAAGCUCUUACUGUCAAAAUCAUCUUGAACAGCAUGAGAGUCUCUUCGGUGUUAAAGGACACAAUCUGAUGGAUGCCACUGGACAACUGCAGGACAUGAUCUGCCCUCUACAUGAUAAAAUGCUGGACAUUUACUGCCGUACUGACCAGCGAUGUAUCUGUAUGCUGUGUUUGGUGGACGAACACAAAAAUCAUGACACUGUCUCAACUGCAGCAGCGAGGACAGAGAAACAGAAACAUUUUGGCGAGACGCAGAUAAAUCUUAACCAGAAAAUCCAGAAGAAAGAGAAAGACAUUCAGGAGCUGAGGGAGGCUGUGGCGUCUCAUAAGCGCUCUGCACAGACAGCAGUGGAGGACAGUGAGAGGAUCUUCACUCAACUCGUCCGCUCCAUUGAGAAACGUUGCUCUGACGUGACACAGCUGAUCAGAGAUCAGGAAAGAGCUGCAGUGAGUCGAGCCGAAAUAAAACUGGAGCGACUGGAGCAGGAGAUCAAUGAGCUGAGGAAGAGAGACACUGAGCUGAAGCAGCUUUCAGAGACACAGGAUCAUGUUCAUUUCCUCCAGAGUUUGUCGUCUGCUUCAGUCUCUCUCUCUGGAUCUACAGACGGCUACAGUGUCAGUCCUCAUCUCUCUUUUGAUGAUGUAAUGAAAUCAGUUUUUCAACUCAGAGACAAACUGCAGCAGUUCUGCAGAGAGGAGACAGAAAAGAUAAUUGAAACAGUGAAAACCAUCCAGGUCAUUAUUGCUCCUGAAUAUGAGACCAGAGAGGAGUUUCUACAAUAUUUCCAUCCAUUCAUGUUGGAUUCGAACACAAUAUGUUCAAGUCUCCGUCUGUCUGAGGACAACACAGUGAUCACUUCCACCAGCUGUAAUUACAAAUAUCCCAAACAUCCCGACAGAUUUGACUACUGGAUAGAGGCCUUGUGUACGGAGAGUGUCAGUGGACGCUGUUACUGGGAGGUUGAGUACAGCGGUAAUGAGGGUGUUCAUAUAGCAGUGGCAUAUAAGAGCAUCAAGAGGAAGGGAAAUAGUGGUGGUAGUCGAUUUGGGUAUAACGAUCAGUCCUGGAGACUGUACUGUUGUAACUCCAGUUGCUCAUUUAGACACAAUACCAUACGGACUUUACUCCCUGUGGUGUCCAGCCGUAAAAUAGGAGUGUAUGUGGAUCACAGCGCAGGAACUCUGUCAUUUUUAAGUGUCUCUGACACAGUGAGUCUCAUCCACAGAGUCCAGACCACAUUCACUCAGCCGCUCUAUCCAGGGAUUGGAUUACAAAAUAAAACAACAGUGAAACUGUGUCGUCUAAAUAUGUAAAUAAUAUUGCCAUAUCACAUCUAAGAAUCAAAAAUGAGAUGUUGCUUAUUUUUUAAUUAUUUAACAGCUGAUAUCUAAUCGUUUUAGCAAAUUAAUCAAAAUAUGUUUAUGUGUGAGGAGAAACUGAUAAUCAAAACUGUGAUUUGUCUUUUGUUGAAAUUUGUUGUCUGAAGUAACUUUCAAAUCUGAUUCUCAUGUUGUUAAAGAAAGAAGUUUAUAGACGGCUGUUGUUGUUGUUUAUAUUUUGUGUGCUGUUUACUGGAUUUUUAUACAUAAUUUGUUUUGUUUUUAUAUCUGAAUAUGUCAUAUCCUAAUCCAUGUGCUUCAAAGGAUUAAUUAAUGAGUAAAGCAAAAGAAAACCAAGACAGAUGUGUUGUCUUCAGUCCUGCUCAGAUCUUGUGUCUCAACACCAGGAUGCUUUCAGCUAUGCAUCCCAUAUCAAACAAUACAUACUAGCUUUAUAAAUGUUAUUACAGAAUAACUCCUUUACAGAAUAUUACAGAAUCACUCUUUGUUAAAAGUCUUGUUGUCUCAUAUUUCAAUUACAUUUUUAAAAUCUCUUUCAAAAGUACAUGUGUAUGUUAUUUUAAAACCUGAAGAAAACAUGAUCAGUUUACUUGAUAUCAAAUCUGAAUAAGCAGAACUUGUAAUUUAUGCCAGUGCUUAAAACAAGUGAAAAAUAAUAAUAAUAAUAAUAAAUCUGCCCAAGAUAAAAUA